GAAGCCCACACAUUUACUGACAAGGAAGGCCCUCCCCCUUCGCAGCUUCUUAUUCAAACUGCAGAGAGGCGCAGCCUAUCAGAAUCCACCCUUUUCCUGGUCUGUAACCAAUCAGGGGGGAGCAUGCUGGGUAGCUUGCAUAGUAACUGUUGCUAAGGAAGGAAAGUGUCAGGUACCGGGAACAUGGUGAAACAGGCGAUUCGUAUCUUUGCGAGGGUGAAACCCAGCAGAAAACCGGCCGGGAUCUAUUCCGUUAGUAAUGAGGAAGAAAGAGCCUCUUCCCUGGAGAUCCUCGUUCCCCGAGACCUUGCCGACGGCUUUGUCAACAACAAGCGAGAAAGCUACAAGUUCAGAUUUCAAGAAACGUUCGACCAAGAUGUGAAACAAGACACGAUAUUCGAGAGCAUCGCCAAACCCGUGGCCGAGAGUGUUCUUACAGGUUACAAUGGCACCAUAUUCGCAUACGGGCAGACAGGCAGCGGCAAGACCUUCACCAUCACGGGAGGCGCCGAGCGUUACAGCGACAGAGGAAUCAUCCCUCGCACCCUGUCCUACAUGUUUGAGCAGUUCCAGAAGGACAGCAGCAAAGUAUAUACGGCACAUGUGUCCUACCUGGAGAUCUACAAUGAGUGCGGCUACGACCUGCUGGAUCCGAGGCACGAAGCGUCCAAACUGGAAGACCUUCCGAAAGUGACCAUCAUGGAAGAUCCUGACCAGAACAUUCACCUGAAGAACCUUUCCCUUUUGCAAGCAAGCAACGAGGAAGAGGCACUAAACCUUCUCUUUCUGGGGGACACAAACAGGAUGAUUGCAGAGACCCCUAUGAACCAAGCCUCCACCCGCUCCCACUGCAUCUUCACCAUUCACGUUUCCAGCAAGGAGCCCGGAUCCGCCACCGUACGACGUUCCAAGCUCCAUCUGGUGGAUUUAGCCGGGUCGGAGCGAGUUGCCAAGACCGGAGUCGGAGGACAGUUACUUACAGAAGCCAAAUAUAUCAACCUGUCACUUCAUUACCUGGAGCAGGUCAUUAUAGCUCUGGCAGAAAAGAACCGCUCCCAUAUACCCUAUCGGAACUCCAUGAUGACUUCUGUGCUCCGAGACAGCCUGGGGGGCAACUGCAUGACCACCAUGAUUGCAACUCUGUCACUGGACAAGCGAAACAUCGAUGAAUCCAUUUCUACGUGCCGCUUUGCGCAAAGAGUUGCCUUAAUUAAGAACGAGGCCAUCCUUAACGAGGAGACUGACCCCCAGCUGAUAAUUGUUCGACUGAGAAAGGAGAUUCAGGGGCUGAAGGGGGAGUUGGCCCUGCUGACAGGGGAGCAACGGACUGAAGAACUGACCGAGGAUGAAACUCUGAGACUGGAGGAACAAGUGCGGGGAUUCCUUGAAGACCGAGACCCAGAAAGCAGCCUGGAUAUGGGGGCCGACAUGCGCAAGAUUCAGUACUGCUUUGCCUUCAUAAAGCUUCUGCAUGGAAAGAAGGAAGAGGAGAGCAGAGCUUCAUCUCCAGUGAAUGCGGCUGAGAGACCCAGCAGUUCUGCCCCACGACCCGAGGAGAUCAAGAAGCUCCGAGACAUUCUGCAGCAGAGAGACAAUGAAAUAAAUAUCCUGGUUAGCAUGCUGAAGAAGGAGAAGAAGAAGACUCAAGACGCAAUGUUUGAAAUGGCGCCUUCUAGGCUUAAUGCCCCCACGCGACACUCAGACAGCUCAGCGCAGUCCGGCAGUUUGGACCAAAGUCCCAAGUCGUCUGUAUCUGCGGCUGUGGAAGAUCAGAUGGGAUCUCAGGAAUGGAGGUCACAUUCUUUUCCCAGGAAAACAGGAGAGGAAAUGUCUCUCGGACGGCAAGAAGCAUUUGAAAUCUUCAAAAGGGAUUAUCCCGACCGAGUCACCAUUGAGGAUAACAAGAGGCUCCUGAAGCAGAGGUUUGCUGAAGCAAAGUCUCUGGGAGAAGAAGUGAAUAAAGUGAGAAGCAGAAUAAAUCAGAUGAAAGGGGAUGUGGAACAACGAAGGAUCCAAAGAGCAGCGCUGGGCAUCUUCAGCUCCUCUGAUGAACAGAACCAGUACGACCCAGUGGAGGAAGAACUACGGGAGCAAAUGGAGGAAGAGAAGAAACGAUACAAAGGGCUUUUUAGUCGCCUCAAGAACCUGAAGACGGAGAUCGAACACCUACAGCUUCUCCUGGAGAAGGCGAAAGUGAAGCUGCAGAAAGACUUCGAGGGCUGGUGGGUGGAAGAGGCGGCACAUCUGCAGGCUAAACAGGAGGUGCACAAGGCAAGAAUGGCCACAUCUGCCCCACCCUCCCCACAGGUGCACGAGCAGAGCAGGGCUCCUCGGAUGUUGGACACCCCCAUCCCGCUGACUGGGGACAGCCAGACCGACGCAGACAUCCUGGCCUUUGUCAGGGCCCGACAGAACCUCCUGCAAAGAAGAGGGAAGCCAUGAUGCCCACUGAGCCUCAGACCCGCAGAGCUCCGGCCAAUCAAGCAGUGCCAGCAUGAUCAUGUGCCCAUUAUGGGGAAACCCUCACAUGAACAGGAAGUGACCUCACAUAGAAUGUGCCGCCUUUAUCCUCAGGGGUCCCGGCCCCCCAAAACUGGAUUUUCAAGCAGAACCAGAUGUGAUUGCAGUGAGCUGCUUUCCUAUAUACAUAACAAUUGUGCAGCUCCUGGGUAUUACACGCACACUGCCUGUAUAUGUGUAUAUACCUGUAUAUAUGGGGCCCUAAUGGGCAUCGACUGACUGAGAUAUUAUUAUAAUCCAUGUGCUGUUAUUACUGUUUAUAUGAUAUAAGAAUCUGUCGUUUGUGACGUCACAAUGUAAUCAUGCAGUUGUGACAUCACUCAUGUACUGUACAGGGGGUCAUAUUACCCACAGUUAGGGUAUAACUGGCGGGUACAUAAGCAAAGCCUGACAGGCAAUAGUCCCUAAAGGCAGAGUUAAUAAAAUAUUGUUUUCCCAAAA